AAGGAGUACUUCCUGUUUGUCAGCUGCUCAGAAGAUAACGAGGUAAUAAUGUGUUUCAGCAAUUCCUCUGGCCAUCUCUAGUGAAUCCAGGGCUUCCUUUUUUCUUCUUCCUUCAUAGCAAUAUUUAGUAUAUUGACCUGUGCUGAGGAUCGAAGCAAUGGAAGAACUUUCCAUGGCAAACACCAUGUUUGCCCUCAAUAUCCUUAAGCAUAUAAGAAAAACAAACCCUGACCAGAAUAUCUUUUUCUCUCCAUGGAGCAUCUCAUCCACCUUGGCCCUGGUUUUCCUUGGCGCCAGGGAUGACACUGAACACCAGAUGGCCAAGGUCCUGCAGUUUAACAAAAUUUCUGGCUACGACAUCACCGCAAAAACCCCAGGAAACUUCAGUGGCUGUGAUUUCACACAGCAGAUUCAAAGGGGAAAUUAUCCGGAUGCUAUUUUACAGGCACAAGCAAGAGAUAAAGUCCAUUCAUCCUUCCACUCUCUCAGCUCUGCAAUCAACACAUGCCUCGGAGAUUAUGUAUUGGAAAGUGCCAAUAAGCUGUUUGGAGAAAAGUCUGAAAGAUUCAAGGAAGAAUAUAUACAACUCUGUAAAAAAUAUUACUCUACAGAACCAGAGGCAGUAGACUUCCGUGAAUGUGCUGAAGAGGCUAGAAAAAAGAUUAAUUCCUGGGUUAAGACUCAAACAAAAGGUGAAAUUACAAACCUGUUACCUGAAGGUUCUGUAGAUGAAGACACCAAGUUGGUCCUGGUGAAUGCUAUUUACUUCAAAGGAAAGUGGAAAACUCCAUUUGAGAAGAAACUUAAAGAACUUUAUCCUUUCCGUCUGAACUCGCAUGAGAGAAAAAAUGUCCAGAUGAUGUACCUUCGUGAAAAGCUGAACAUUGGAUACAUACAGGACCUAAAGACCCAGAUCUUAGAAAUUCCAUACAUUGGAAAUAUCAGUAUGUUCCUGUUGCUUCCUGAUGACAUUGAUGAUGCAUCCACUGGCUUGGAGUUGCUGGAAAGUGAAAUAACCUUUGAUAAACUCAACAAGUGGAUCAGCAAAGACACAAUGGCUGAAGAUGACGUUGAGGUUUACAUUCCCAAGUUCAAACUAGAUCAACGUUAUGAACUCAAACCCAUUUUGAGAAGCAUGGGCAUGGAGGAUGCCUUCAACAAGGGCAAGGCCAACUUCUCAGGAAUGUCCGAGAGGAAUGACCUCUUUCUUUCGGAAGUGUUCCAUCAAGCCACAGUGGAUGUCAAUGAGGAGGGCACUAUAGCAGCUGGUGGGACUGGGGCAGUUAUGACAGGGAGAACUGGUCAUGGAGGCCCACAGAUUGUGGCAGAUCAUCCCUUCAUUUUCUUUAUUAUUAACAAAGCUGCAAAUGUGGUACUAUUUUUUGGUAGAUUUUCCUCACCAUAAAAGGAGAUAAUCUUAUUUCUACAUUAUAUUUUGUAGCGUGAGCUAUACGCCUCAAAAUUGCUUCUUCAAGUGCCAAAAGUUUGAAGACUUUCCUACACAUUUCUGUACUUCUGCUAUAUACUAAAUAUGAACCUAAAAGUAACCAUGCAACUGUCAACAAUGAUUACAGGAUAACUUUAUGAUUAUUUUGUUUCCUAAAACCAGAUGAUGUUUAUUUAGUUCAUCAUUACCACUUUGUCUUUAUAGCUUCAGUUUAUACAGUGUUAUUUAUUAUUUAUAAAAUAGCAGUUUUACAAACUUUUGUCCUCUGUUUAAUGAAAGUGUAACAAUAAAGAAGCAGUGGAUCAGAUAAUUUUCCAUUUUAAAAAAGCAGCCAUUUGAUGUAAUAAUGAAGGAAAAUACGAGUCCUUUUGUUCUUUCCCAUAAU